GCUCGAGCAAGCAGGAGGGGUGCGCAUCUAAAAACCCGUACCCGGUGUCCUCCAUCCUCCACGCCCCGCUCGCAGGCCCGCUAUAACCCUUCGCGUUGUUACGAUGGGACGCCGCAAGAUCGAGAUCAGCAAGAUCACCAACGAACGCUCGCGCGGAAUCACGCUGCAAAAGCGCCGCUUCGGGCUGUUCAAGAAGGCAUAUGAGCUCGGCGUGCUCUGCACCGUCGACGUCCUCGUCAUCGUCGUCGAGGACAGGCCGAACAAGAAAUCGCGCCUGUACGAGUACUGCUCCGGCGAUGCGCAGGCCAUCCUCAAGCGCCACCGCGAGUUCGAGGGCGAGCGCGAACGGAAGACGCCGGCGGACUAUGGCGGGCUAGGCGCCCCGAAAGACGAAUCAGACGACGACGCCAAGAUGGCCGAUAACGACUCGGAGGAAGACGAGUCGUCCGGCUCGGGCGACGACGAGGACGCGAGCUCCGGCAAGGGCAGGUCGUCCUCCAAGAAGGGCAAAGACAAACGCAAGAGCGCCGGCAAAGGCGGCCGCCUCGUCGCGCGACAAGACAACACGCCCAAGACCAAGUCGCCCAUGACGCUCGAGGUCCCGGCCGGCAUGACCGCCGCCCAACUCGCGCAGAUCCAGCAAUGGCUCACCGGCACCGGAACGGGCCCGAGCGCCCCGUCCUCCUCCGCGCCGCCCCCCUUCUCCGCGCCCCCCGCCAUCUGGGCCCCCGACGUGCCCUCGCCCGUCCCCUCCGCCACCUCCACCGCCAGCGGCCACAAACGGCUCCGCCUCGGCUCCGACGCGCCGCCGCCCAGACCCGGCUCGGGCAUCGCGCUCCCGCGCCCCCCUCCCGUGCCCCUCCCCGCACCCAGAUCGAACACGAUGCCGCCGCCCAUCGCGCGGCACCACCACCAGCCCCACUCCCAUCCCCUUCCACACCACCACUCCCAUCCGCACCAUCAUCAUCAUCCGCAGCACCAGCAGCACCAGCAACAGGACGACUUGAGCCUCCUCGGCCUGACAGGACUCGACUUUUCCUCUCUCUCCCCCGACCUCCCGUCCUCUUCCACCUCGACCUCGACCCCGACCACCGACGCGAACGCCCCCUUCGACAUGUCGCUCAACCUCAACCUCGCCGCGCUCUUCUCCCACCCCCCGCCCCAGCCGCACGGAGGACACGGACAGAGCCACGCGGCGUACCCCCACCCUCACCCCUACCCGCACCCGCACCUCCCCUCGCCCGCAUCCAGCAGCCCCUCGUUCACCCCUCCCCAAGCCGCUCUCCACCCUCCCCCCAGCCUCGGAUUCGGACACGCGCCCCCGCCCCCGGUACAAUCACAAUCACAAUCGCACGCACAAGGACACGCACACGGACAUGGAGGAGGGGGCCUACCACCGCCCAGCCCUCGCUCUCUCGCGACGCUCAUGGCCUCCCCCGCGCUCGCCGCCGCGCUAGCCCGCAACCCCUCCCUCCAAGCCGCCGCGCGCGCUCUGAUGGCCGGCUCCUCCUCCCCCUCCUCCCCCUCCUCCACAUCUACAGGAGGAGGAGGAGGAGGAGCGGCGUUCGAGUGGCCGGUCCAUCCCACCGUCCCGCCCACGCAUCCGGGCUCACAAGGAGGAACAGGCGGAGGAACGGGAACAGGAGGAGCAGGAGCAGGAGGAACGGGAACAGGAGGAGCAGGAGCAGGAGAGGUGGACACGUCCUGGCUCGACAUGUUAGCCGACAUGACGCCGCCCGUCGCACCCUCGACCUCCUCCGACGUGGAGAUGAAAGAAGGCAGGAGUCGAAGCGGGAGCACCGGCACCGGCACCGGCACCGGCGCGGGUGUGAAAACGGAGGAGGAGUGGAAGUGGUAAUCAAAGCGCCAAAGGGACCCAAAAGGACGAAGGGCAAGAUGGAGUGUGUACGUAUAUAUAUAUAUAUAUGCAUAUUGUAUAUAUAACCCUG